GUCUAGUUAGGUUCAGGUGCUUAUUAAUCGGAUUUUCAAGGUGAUUUGGGAUUUUGUGUUUGACGAUUACUGUAGUCUUUGGUGGGGUGAUUUUUACGGGUCAAUUAUACGGUACUCUAUGUAACUAUUGCGAAUAGUAGCUUGCUCAAGUAUGACUGACUUUCCACUGCGCAGGAUAUAUUUUUAUUGUUCUGAAAGAAAGGGGAGUGAGCAAAGGGCCUAUAAAUAAUGGAAAGGCAUUAAUUGUCCUUGAAAUUCAAAUAAAGCAGCGAUUCCUAUAUGCCACAAUUUGUGAGCGUAGCACAGAACAUGCCAAGAGUCGCUCCUUAGAAAUAACCAGAUUAUAAAGAAUUUGAAAUUUGACCGUCAAAAUCAUUAUGUGGUCUCGCUGUUGGUAAUUAAUUUUUCAUAUGCUCGAAGCAAAUUUUGGCCUAAGAACACAUAUUGUUGUUGAUAAAGUGCUUUUUUCAAAGACUUUAGGAUGGUGUUUGCUUAAACUUUUCUUCCAUAAAGAUGUCAACGAUGACCUGCGUUACUCUUUUUAAAUGCAAAGACAACUGUUUUUACUGAGACAGAUGAAAUAAUAAUUGAAUUAAGUGCUGUACGGAAAAGAAAUCAAUUUCAAAAUAGUCAUGAAGAAAGGGUUCUAAUAUGCAGUGAAGAGUCUUGUCAACUAUUCUUGAACAAAACAACGGACACCAGUUAUUCGUAUACAGUAAUCUUGAACCGGACACCAACGAACAUCAGUUAUUUGUACACAGUAGAAGCUUAUAAGCGGUAGCCACGGUUUCGACACAAUGUUUUCGAAAUCCAAGUCAAUAGAACUUGGCGGUAUUCAACCAGAAUUCGACUCUAGAUACUACGACAGCCAGCCGAGGCGAAAGUCCCAUGCAGACAUCGAGAAACUAAAGCACAUUGCUGACCGCGGAGGGCAUGCGAGCAGGAGUCUACAAUCAUCGCUUCGUUCAGUAGCGUUCGAGAUUGGAGCAUCCUCCGAAGAAUUUUUAGAAUACAGGGACGUUGCCAAGUCAUACGGGGCUGUGUCAAAAUCUCUUAUAACUCAAGACACGUUAGAUAAGAUAAGAGACGUCGAACUCGAAGACGUCCUAAUGAAUGCACGUAAUAUUACUGAUCCGGAUCCUACCGCAAAUAUGUCCUUCUGCCCAAGGCCGGCAAGAGUUAUCGAAGGUUCUUUUAGACAUUCCGUUUCUGUCAAGGAAGUUGACUCCAAGACGGGGGCUUUCAGACAUCGAACAAUCGAAAUCCUUAGAAAACCAGAGGAUGAGCUUGGAUUUAGUGUGAGACGGGGUGAUGGUUGGGAAAAGGAUGAUGGAAUAUUUGUUUCCAGAAUUAAUCUGGGUAGUGUUUUUGACAAAUUCGAACUUAUGAGAGUUGGUGAUGAGAUCGUCAAGAUAAAUCGUAUUGAUAUGAAAAACAUGGACGUUGAAGACGUGGUUAGGCUGAUGCAUAUUCCAGAGAAACUUUCAAUUACUAUCAAAAUACUGACGCCUUUCUCAAAAAAGAGGAUUGCGAACAGCACUAUUGCAAACGGUACGAAAACGAGGCAAGCCGGUAAGUUUGAUUUCAUUGAUUCCAAGAAUACAAAUUCUUCCAUUUACAAAAUCGCCCAUAUGAAAAUUGGUAAAAGCGUCGAAAAUGCCAAGAAAAGCCAUGAAACACGUGAGAGCAAAAAGACGGACGCAGAAUCGAAAGAGCAAGCAAAAAAAGAAGAUUCUAAUAAGACAGCAACAGUACAACAGGAAGGUCACCAUACAGGACAGGCGCUUCGCAAAGACAGUUAUCGCCUAUUCGUGAAACCGCAUCGGAGGAGCGCGUAAACAAGUCUUCUAGUGCUCUGAAUGUUUCAGGGGCAAGACGAACAUCUGUGACUUGGCUAGAUCAAAGAAGUUUUAAUAGUGAUCCAGGAAGGUAGCCUUGUGAAGGUACAGUGAUGCAGCAUGCUUACUAGGACAUACUUACCAAGUGAUUUAACUCAAGAAGGAUAAGAUUACAAGAUAUCCUGGAGCUAGAAGUCAUCAUAUGGAUUCAAAUAGAAGUAUUCCUAUAGAAUUUUAAUGAUUCAUUCGUGACAUAAUUUACAUUGUGUCUGUGACCAGGAAUUGUUCUUCAUAGCUAUAUAUGGAAUCAUUUUAAAAUUUUAGCAUAAAAAAGGUCAAAUCUUGAAAUAUUGAGUGGUUUAUCUUUU